CGGUAAACAAAAAAUGUCGCGCUCAAGUAUACGUGCAGUGCAGACUGCACUGUGCAGUACGUGCUACUCUAUAGUCUUGCGAGAAAAAUCAAAUGGGAAAUUGCGCCGAGAUUGAGUUUCUCUCUCCGUAAUAAACUCAUAUGAAUGCUCCAAGCAACAUUAACAUAUUGAUUAACGCUUCUGGUUACACUUAUAAUGAUUAUAUACAUAUACUGACAUGUAUGUAACUACACACUUGUCGAACUGCUAUCUAUCGAUAGCAUCGAUAGAUUCGGCAGCAGCUGCACUGUUACGGCACAGUUACGAUAGUCGAUAGGGUAGGAGCAUUCAGCGCACCCUUAUGACUAGCUCUUUUGGUAACGAAGCUGCACGGCACGGUCGACAUACGAUACGAACCCGUUCAGCCCGUGGCUGCCACCUUAGUAUGUUCUGACUGCGGCUGCCACUGCCUGCAAUUAACUGCUACGAGUAACGAGAUUGACGCGUUUUCGCUCGGUUCGCCUGUCACGCGCGCUCAGGGAUUGACUGGCACCCUGAAUACUUCGGAGAAUCUCGAGUCUUCGGCUUCGGACUGUUCCAGAAUCACGAGAUUCACGAGACCUGACGGCUGACAAGGCUACUUGACAACCCACUCCGCCGACACGUUUCCCAUCUGGCUGCGCAAAGUUUAAAAAUAGUUAGAUACUCGCGCUGCGAUGGAUCACUGCCUUGUAUAAAUCGCCUUGAGUUUUACUUCUCGGUUCGAAUGGAUCUCGUGUCCUCCUUUGUUUGAAGAAAAGAGACUAAUACGCUAACAUUACCGAUUAUGGCUUCGAAAGUUACACUUUCUCAGGCUCUGGGAACGGAUGGGAGCGAUUACAGUCACCGACAGAAAAUCGCAACACACUACCAAGUCAGUGCGACAAACAAAUCAAGACUGAAAUAUUGUAUAUUUUUUCAUUACCUAUUAUUUUUCGUCAUGCUCGCCAAACUAUCUGCAGACAUAUUAGAUCAUCUGGAUAUAUUUAUUUUGGAAAUCGAGGAGUUACAAAUACCACAGCCAUUAUGGUGGGAAUACAUAUGGUGUAUUAGUUUGUUAUUAUCCUUUUUCGCUCUCUCCGCGAUUAAAAAAAAUAGGAUUAAAACACUGCAAAAUUAUAUGAUAGGUAUCAUCUUGUUAGGUUACGGUCCUUUGGUUUAUGCCAUAGUGUAUUACUUCAAAGAUGUCUGGAUAUAUUUAACUGUAGGCAAAUCUGAGGACAUUCAUUUGUGGCAGAGUCUACCAUAUGGCGUACUUUGGUACGCUUUUAUUCUUUUAGCCUCACAGGUUCAUUGUUUCUCUUUGUAUUUUUCGUGGAAUUUGCUAGUCGCAUGGAGAACACGAGGUCCCAAAAGAAUGGAUUAAAAUCGAGAGGCAACUGUAAUCAUCCACACAAAUUAUGGAUGGAAAUGUUUUUUGAAAUACGGCCUUAUAUUUAUUGUGUGUUUGCGAUAAGAAGGAAAAGAUAUACAAAAAGAUAUACAGAAUUCUUGCACAUGAGAAAUCGCAUCCAAGAUCUGUAAAAACCAUACGAGAGAUGUAUGUAUAUAACAUAUAGAUGAAAAAGAAUUAUGUACAUGUAUAUAUGAAAAUAUACCGACGCACAAAUUAGAUUUAUAUUUUUUCAUACAAUGGACUGAAUGGAACUUUUACAAAUGCUUAUUUACUAUCUCUGCAAUAAAUGUAACGAGAGAGAGAGAGAGAGAGAGAGAGAGUAUUCUCUCUUGUCACAUUUAAAAAAUUCUGUACCACCAGAAGAGAGAUUGUGUAGAGUACAUAAAAGAAUAUAUAUCUCUAAAUAAAA